AUGUCGGAAAGGGCCCUCAAGAGCGUGGGACGAGCCCGCCACGGAUUUCCGGGCCCCUCCAAGGAAGCCCAUUUUGCCCCCGUUUCUCGGGAUGGCCUUGCUGGUCCACGGAGGACUCUGCCAGGACUGACGAGAUGUUUUUCCUCUCUCUCCCCCCCCCCCACUCCCCCAGCAGCGGCAGAAGGCCCUCCCUCUCGGCGGCGAAGAGGACUGCUCCAGCUGGCGGGGGCCAUUCAGUGCACGACCGGGCGCACCCCCUUUGCCUACCUGCGCUACGGCUGCUUCUGCGGCUUGGGAGGGGCAGGCUGGCCCAGUGAUGAAGCAGACUGGUGCUGCUUCAAUCAUGACUGCUGUUACGGGGAAGCGGAGAACGCCGGCUGCGCGCCCAAGAUGGAGAGCUACCUGUGGGAGUGCGAGGACAACGCGGCCAAGUGUGAGGACAUCGAAGACAAGUGCCAAAAGAUGGCCUGCAAGUGCGACCGUGAAGCGGCCAAGUGUCUGGCCAAAGCCCCCUACAACGCGACGCACAUCUUGUGGCCCGUGGAUCGCUGCGGGACGUCCACCCCUCCCUGCAAAGGCGAUUAACGCAGAGGAGAGACGGGGCUGGAUAGAGACUCUCUUUUUUAAAAUAAAAGCAGUAGCAGCUGAAAAUCUUCCCUGCAAUGGGAAGUCCGUUUUCUCGGCACCGGUAACUCCGGCUUUCCUGGCAAAUUCAGCCGUUCUUCCAUUAACAAGGAGCGCUCGGGCAUAACACCAGAAGAGCCCUGCUGGAUCAGACCCGUGGCCCAUCUAGUCCAGCAUCUUUCCCCACAC